UCCACUCAGUGGGUGGCAGGGGCGCGCUUAUUUUCAGAAUGUGCGGAGUAUUUUUUAACCAAACAAGAGCACACUGCAAUAGAGAUAUGAAGAGCUGUGCACCGUUUUCGGGCCUGGCUCACUCAAGAACCCACUGUCUUAGGUUCUCACGCUCGCUUGGGAGCAUUAGGAUGACUACCCUCACCUCCGGUUCUCCCCCGGCGGCCGAGAAUGCGCCGUUUUCGGGGCGUUUGGCUUUGACUUUUAAUACAGUGGGAGAUGAGGAAAGACCACUUUGUUUAUUGUGUCUAAAUUGUUUGUAGUGGACGGCGGGAAGCCAAAUCUCAUUGAUAAGCCGCUUGAUUGUUUUUCAGCAAAAAAGUGCAGAGUAUUGGCAACGAUCGUCCUGCAUUGUCAGUGUUACAUCAUUAAACCAGCGUGCACUGUUGAGCAUGCUUAGUGCAAUAUAACCCCACACCAUUGCAAAGGAGCUGUACUGCAUGCAGCAAAAAUAAAAACUGUCCCUCUGUCCAAUGACAAUGUUGUUUUUGUUUUAUUCCUUUUUGUUUUUUCAGUCAAGUUGUUUGGCAUAUCGUCCCCAUGCGUUAAUGUUGCUAAUCAAUUUUAAUUUAUUAAUUGCCGAUUUUAUUGAUUUUUUUUUCUCAGUAUCAAAUGGUCAAAAAAUUAUUUUUACAAUUUGGAUGCGACUUUUUUUAUUUUAUUUUAUUUAUUUAGUUUUAUUCAGGCAAAUUCAUGCACUUUUGUUAGAAACAAAUGUUACUAUGUUACUUUUAUUUUAUAGAAAAAAGGACACAAUGUUAGACAGAGGUCCACUUAUAAUAAUAAUUAUAUAGAAAAAUGAUACUAUUUACAGUGGCAGCAGAGAGUUGGGGGGGGCGCAAAACAAUUACGUUUUCCUGGGGGAAAACCACAUUAUUAAUGUAUAGUGUUUUUCUGAUUAGUUUAAUGUUAUUUUCAUUGAAAAAAAAAGUUUUUCUUUCAAAAAGGAGGAAAUUUCUAAGUGACCCCAAACCUUUGAACGGUAGUGUAUUAAAAAAAAAAAAAAAAACAUAAAAAUGCAUUCACUAUGAAGUUUCCUGAAUAUUAGUUUAAAUCAAUAAUCAUAUAAGUUAUCAUUAUUUAAUAUGAUCAUAAAUCUGUGUUUCCCCUUCUUUCAUAGAAGGUAGACAGCCCCUUCAGUGCGUAAUUAUCAAAUCCAUUCCACUUGUUCAUAUACUAGUAGAGAACGCCAACAUAACUGAAAAUCCACUCCGCGUUUUCCCUGUGACCUUGCUCGAAGUCAAUACCGGGCCGGCGUUAGAGUAAAACUCGUCUUUUUUUUUUUCAGUAGUGAAUAACUGAAAUAAUUACUUUUUCCAUUUUCGCAACGCGGUUACUGUUAUUGAACAUGUGAAGCAGCGCGUUAGUGCGUUACUACAAUUUGGUUGAAUGAGAGGGGAGUUGUAUGAUUUUGACAGCUGUCUGGAUAGAGCAGAGCGUGAAUAAAUGGAUGAAGGAUGGACAUAAUAUUUCCAAGAAAGUGAGUACUUAUCACUGCUGGUAGUAACAGUUAGCCCCAGGCGACGAACAGUACCAUGUAAUUAAUAAACCAACUGCUCCAUGUUUGACAAAGAACAACCUGACGCCCCUGGAUAGUAGACUACACCAACCCUCGGACGAAAGUACUCUCAUGAAAUUCUGAUGUGUCAUUUCAAAAUAAAAGUACCGUAAUUUCCCGAAUAUAAGGCGCACCCGUGUAUAAUGCGCACCCCAAAUUUACUUGUAAAAUCUAGGGGAAAUUAUUGUACCCGUUUAUAACGCGCACCCUAAUUUUAGCACCAAUAAAUAGAAGAAUACAAGAAAACAGAGCUCGUGUACAGAUACAGAAAUGUCAUUUCACUGACUGGUGAAACACAGCACAAGCAUAGCACAUUGGUAGUUCAAAACAUUACCAUAAACUGACAAUAUUUACGGUAAUAAUAUCAUUUGACAACUUCUCCAAUUUACCAGAAUCUAGGAGAAAACAAAACAGAUGUGACUUUUCUUUUAAAGGUUGCUGUAUAACUUGCUCGUUUCAUCAUGAUGAAUAAAUGUUUCUUCCAUGGAUUGAUACGGUAAAAUGAAAGUGAGAACGUUUAAGUCGGAAAUCCGUGGGAGCUCAGCGCUGUCAACACGACAGUAACAAUAGGAACUAUUGUUAUUUGGGUUUGAGUUUCCCGACGGAGAGAUAUAGUUGACGGACACACACAGGAAGUGUGUUGUUACGUUUGUUAUGGUCCGAGUUGCGGAGCGGCAAUAAACGUUAAAUCAAAUGAGUUCAAGAAACUAAAUUCUGUGCUUUAUGAAGAGUAAAAAAAGCAGAAUUUAACACAGACCAAAUCAUUGGGCCGAUUAGAGUGAAGUAUUACCGAAACAAAAUGGUGACGUCACGUACCGUAAUGGUCGGCAACGGGUCGCCGCAUACGUUUCUUCAACACAACGUGGCCGUGUCAAUUAAAAACAAUCGGUUUGUAUAUAUAUGUAAUAUAUAUAUAUAUAUAUAUAUUUCUGUCUCCAUCCAUGUACCCGUUUAUAAUGCGCACCAUGAUUUUACAAGUUGAUUUUGGGGAAAAAAAGUGCGCGUUAUAUUUGGGAAAUUACGGUACUUGGAAAAUUGCUCAUUAUUCCUGUCAUUUAGCCUGAUUUCAAAAAUUAAUUUAAAAAAUUGUAUAAGAUAUCCAAGGACCGUUCCACUUUUGAGGCAUAAUAGAGCCAGGGGUAGCCAACUCCGGUCCUCGAGGGCCCCUAUCCAGCUUGUUUUCCAUGUCUCCCUCCUCCAACACACCUGAUUCAAAUAAUCAGGAUCGUUAUCAGGCUCCUGGAGAGCUUACUGACGAGUUGAUCAUUUAACCCAGGGGUUUUCAACCCAGUCCUCAAGGCACACUGUGGGUCCUGGUUUUUGUUCCAGCCGAUCCAGCAGAGACAGUUGAACCAAUGAGGCUUCUGCUAAAACAAGCCACACCUGACUGCAAUCAACUGAUUGCACUUGUAAAACACCAGAUUGGGGAAAAAGUGUUGUCAUCUUGUUUGGUAAGAAUGAAAUCCUGCACCCACAGUGUGCCUUAGUGGAAUAGGUUGGGGACCCCUGAUUUAACCUGAGUAGAAAGACACUUCUGCACAAGACAAGGGAAACUAAGGCAAUAGAUACACACGAGGUAAGAAUUUUUGUUUUGCCUCUUACUAUGGUGACCACAUGGUAUUGCAGAAGUCUCCUGAGAGAUCGGUGCUGUGGGGUUAUGGCAGCCCUGAGGGAGCGCUGGUCACUGUUUACUUAUCAGGACCAACGGAACACAAAAGCCUACCUGCAACUGUGGAGAAAGGCAUCUGGCGAGUCACCCUUGACCCCAUAGAGGCCGGCGGUCCCUACAACGUGACCGCGGUUCUUCAGAACACCUCAGCCACUCUGACCGAUGUGUUGUUCGGGGAUGUUUGGCUUUGUGGUGGUCAGAGCAACAUGUACUUUAAAACAUCCCAGAUUUUCAAUGCAUCUGAGGAACUCGCUAUUGCAUCCAAGUAUCCUCAUGUGAGGACUUUUAUGGUAGCCUUAAAGAUGAGUAACACAGAACGGACAGAUCUGAUUGGAGUGUCGCUACCAUGGUCUGUACCUGAAACAAGUGGUCUUUCAGAGUUCUCUGCAGUGUGUUGGCUUUUUGGACGUUACAUGUACAAGACCCUGAAGUACCCGAUAGGACUGGUGGAGUCCUGUUGGGGUGGGACGCCCGUCGAGGCCUGGUCAUCUUCAAGAGCACUUCAGCAAUGUGGACUAGACUGGAAUGACAAAGGGGACAACUCUGUCUUGUGGAAUGCAAUGAUUCACCCACUGCUCAACAUGACACUCAAAGGAGCCCUCUGGUACCAGGGUGAAAGAAAUACAAAUUAUCACCAAAACAAAUACAACUGUUCUUUCCCUGCCAUGGUAAAUGACUGGAGAAUGGCGUUUAACCUGGGCUCAGGUGGCCAGACUGCUAUGGAUUUUCCCUUUGGAUUUGUCCAGCUGUCCACCAACAUAAAAGGCUCCACAGAUGACGGCUUUCCAAACAUCCGCUGGCACCAGACAGCUGACAAAGGCUUUGUUCCCAACUCUCAUCUGCAAAAGACCUUCAUGGCUGUGGCUAUGGAUUUGCCAGAUGAGACCUCACCAUACGGCACCAUCCACCCUCGUGACAAGCAGGAUGUAGCAUACAGACUGACACUUGGAGCACGAGCAGUGGCCUACAAUGAGAAGGAUGUGGCCUUCCUUGGACCUUUCCCGAAACACAUCCUGUCUAAUCCAAUGUAUGUCAACAUCACCUACGACCAGGCCAUCGCUGUCAAGCCAUCUAAAGACAUCUUCGAGAUCUGCUGUUCACAAUCACAUGCCCCUUGUGGGUUUCAAUCCCUGUGGAUUCCUGUGUCCAUUGUCCAGUGGACUAUCACCAGCAUUCUGAUAUCCGCCAAAGUCUGCAAAUCAACUACUGAGAUAGCAGCUCUACGAUACGCAUGGAAGGACUGGCCGUGUGAUUUCAAAGCAUGCCCUGUCUAUGGCGCAAACACAGCAUUACCUGCGCCCCCUUUUUUGAUCAAUCGCUAUCAGGUUAAUGGUAAUACCUGGAAUGAUACAUUCAGAAAUGUCUCUAAAUUAUCUGAAAUGUGAAUUCCUUUUUAUAAAAUCCUUACUUACUCGUAGAAAACCCCUGGCAAAUAUUGCAACUAGCGAAAACUUGGAUCUACUGGUUUUUUUUUGCUUUUUUUUUGUUUUUUUUACAUUAGGCUAUUACUCACAAAUAAGCGUUUUUCAUUUACAAAAAAAAAAUAUAUAUAUAUAUAUAUAUAUAUAUAUAUAUACACACACACACAAUUUGAACACAUGUUAAACAACCUUAUGUUUGGUGGCACAAUAGCAGACACACACACACAAAAAUCCAUGCAUACCAGGGCCAUCAAUAAAGAUGAAGGUGACACACACAAAAAAUAUAUAGUUUUAAGGUAUUUAUUGCGAUAAUUUAUUUUUUUUCUCUCUAGAACUGUUAUGACCUUAGGGGCAUUUUAGGCACCGAAACUUCAGGAGCUGAAAAAGGAGGUCGACGGCUUCACCGAGGCAACAGCCAGAUGCAAGGCACUAGGACACUGCGGUGCCUGUGCUAAAACAAAAGAGGAAACAUGAUUACAUAUGAUAUUUUAUGGGGAACAUUUGCAGUCUGUUCUUUACUUGUACAAUUAAGGCAAAAACUUUAAACUCACAGAUGGAGGUAGCAUAAUUUGUUCCAAUACUUCUUGAUUUGUCUCUUUGGCUACGUUCAUACUACAGGUCUUAAUGCACAAAUCCGAUUUUUUGUCAUAUCUGUUUUUUUGGCAUGCCCGUUCAGACUGCCUUUGUCCAUUGAGACCAUUCAAGUAUUACGCAUGCGCACUAAUUCGGAGUCUGACACGCGCUGAGCAAGACGACCCGCAUGUGCAGAAGCAUCAAAACAAAUGACACACGUCAUCCGUCAUUCCAGGGAUAUCAUAUUUUGCUUUUCAAAAGGAGGACACAAAUAACAGACAUAAAUAAUCCCCGUUUAGGCUUAUAUUCAAAGUUUAUAUGGAUCGAUAGCAUGCACGCACGGUCCGUACACGUCACACACACAUACGGGCAGUUUGCCCCGACCUCGGCCGUGUAGGCAAUGUUGAAAUAUUGCUCAAUUGGAGCAGAGAGAAAACUGAGCAUUCUCAGGCUUAUCCUGAACCCAUUUUUAUUUUUUAUGACUGUUGUCAAGCCCAGCCCUUCCCCAAAAGCCGUGUUCACUGCAAGCUAGGCGCUAAUAACGCACAGCGGCACCGCUACGGUAAGCGUCUCUCUCACUAUUUGAUGACGUAAUUGCUGCAUGAAAUCCGAUUUGGGAGAGUGGACAGUACAGACCGCUGCAACAGUCUGGAAAAAUGUGGCCCAGAUCGGAUUUGAACCACAUACGAAAGUGACCCAGAUCGGAUUUGAAAUGGUCCAGUUCUAUGCGACUUGUCACGUUCAGACCGUCAAGUUAACGCCUCACUCGAGUCGGAAAAACACGAAAAAAUCAGAUUCGUGCAUUAAGACCUGUAGUAUGAACGUAGCCUUAGUGUCUACUUUGCAAUACUAUUCCACUGUGCGAACCAUAUAAUGUGCAAUGGCCGAGGACAGUGAUUUUUCACAUUAUGAAAAUAAAUGUUGUGUAUAUUUAGGUUUAUGUAGAUUAUGAACAUGUUUUUUUUGUUGUUUUUUUUGUUUUUUUACAAAUUUUAAUUUUUUAUUUCAAAGUCUUUACCAAGAAGCAAAUAUAACAUUUCUAUUAAAAAAUAAUUUGAGAAAACCAAACACAAAAAAAACAACAAGCGUGCCCGCCCACUUUUUUGCACAAUGAUAUCACACUUUACAAACGAAUCAUUAAAAGUUUAACAUUUUAGAACAAUGUUGCAUGCAUUUCAAGUGCUUCUAUGAACACCAAAACAAGCCAAUUAAACUAAUCUAAUAUUGUUAAAAAAAACAAAACAAUCCCUGAGUUAUCCCAAGUAAGUUUCUAGUAAUGUACUUCUCAGCUAGAAAUUUGAAUGAUUUAAUCCUUGAACACUUUCAGGAAAAAAUGAAAGGAUUUUACAGUUGGGUUGAGUGAAAGUAAAAUAUUUAAGAUGUAUACGAACAGAAGGAGUGGGCAAAGACCUAUGCCAUGUCAAGCUCUACAGUAUUUUCGGUCUUCUGUAUUUUGUUCGGAGUUCCUGCAGUCAUCCUCCAGUGACAAGCUGCGCGUGGUGAAAGAGCAUGUACCAUUCCCAGAAUCUGCUAAAAUAGGAAAGUCCAGCUCUAUGUCCAUAACAUCCUCAAAAUUGAGCUCGUCAAUACUGGCAUUGUCUUCUCCCUCUUUGGCUGGUGGGUCCCAGGCAUGGAGUUUGACCUUCCAUAGUUUGAUCUGCUGGUCCCAGGAACGCCGACUGUAUUUCUUGAAUUUAUUGGGAGUCUUUGGAUGAAUGCCUUGUUGUCGCAUGUGUUUGGGAACCUCCUUGAUAUAUCGAUCAUAGGCCAGUGUAUUCUUGCCGUAAUUGAUCUGUUUCUGUCGUCGCAGCAACACAGCUUCAUCCAUCUCUAUGUUGUCGCCCUCUUUUGAGUCACAGCUUUCAGAAGAGCCCGAAGACAUCUUCCUCUCCCUCUGAGCGAAAUCUGCUGCAAGUAUCCUCCUUCUGUAACGUUGCAUGUCUUUCUGCACAUCCCUCCUCAUCUCAUCUUCCUCCACCUGGCUGCCCCAGUCAGCCCGUUGACCAAUGCGGGACACUUGGCUUCUGCUUUCCGGAGUGGUAAAACUGGCAUUUCUGUUGUUUGUGUCAGUGUCAUCUUCACCAUCAUUACCAACAUCAUCUCUCUUUAACCGCAAAUUGCCAUCAAUCCCUCGUUUCCUGCAUUGUGACCACCGUGAUGAGCCAUGAGACCUGUCGUGGUCCAGUUCAGUGCUGUUUCUCUCACGUCUUCCAUCUCUGGCCAGGUCAGACAUCUCGUUUUUUAAAAGUGGGUGCGCUUGCAAAAGGUAAAAUAUUAUUGGAAGCAAUGGGGAGAACUUUCCCAGGUACAGCAGAGAAGAAACACCCGCCUGAACAUGUUCAUUUUGUCAGUAAAUAAUUAAAUAAAAGGUUGAACAUUUGCAGUUACAUUUUUUUGUUUAUCUGAUAAUUGAUUUAAUUCUUUGUAGGUUUACAAAUUGAAAUUAAUCCGAAAUCCUGCUAAAAAAAAAUGAAGUCUAAUAAGAUAAAAGGGGUUGUCCUCAUUCUGAGUUUCUUUUGAGCACCUAAGAUCAAAAACAUACAUAACUUUACAGUGAAAUGUCAUAUUUGGCAGCAAACCUGCGAUUUGCUCCGUCUUGUCGCUAAAGCGUCGGUGUUGCUGAUAGGCCUCAAAGUUGAUGGAGGGGUCAUCGUCAGACAGGCUGUGAGGAAUCAAAUUCUGCCCAUCGCCUGGGCGACACACUUCAAAACGUAUCCAUCGAUAGCUUUGAGGGCACAAGAGAUGUGAAAAUGUGAAGUACUUGGCGAAUCUAAAACAUUAGUACCCAAAAAGAAAAGAAAUUGAUUGUAAAGUACUUGUUACACUUGCGCGCUCCUGGGCAACUCUGGAUGAGAUUCUGUAUGGUGGGAUGAGAAAAGCCGAAGAAGUCUGCUCCAGAUGGCACAAUCGGGGCGACAGUCUUGGAACUGAGGUGAUGCAUUAGAACCAUAGAAGUAAAUUCAAGAGUUUUUGCAGGAGAAAAAAAAUGCAUCUCGAGUUACCGUCUCACACAAACAGUCAUUUGAUGUCAAAUGAGACACAUUCAGAGACAAGCAUCCAAAGCAAGUUUAAAAGUGUAUUUUGUUUGUUAUUUGGGUUUUGAACAUUGAUAAGUUUAGUACCUGACUGAGGCGAUUGCCUUUAGCAGGUUGGAGUGGCACGUCAGGGCAGAAGAAGCCACGAUGGCAUUCUUGGGAUCAUCUUCAGGUACUAUCUCAAACUAAACAGGAUUUUAAUUGGAAAAAAUAACACUAUGAAUGAUACAAUGCAUAUUUCAACCUUCACAUCAUACAUAAUUCUAAAAGACGUGCAUGCACAGACAGGACAAAACUAGGAUCCGUUUUUAAAAUGUUAACUGGAAAUGACAGUAGCCUACACAGCAACAAUGCAUCACCGUAAACAUCUGGACUUUCACAUGCAUUUCAAAUGAAAGCUGAAAAAAGCAGCCAAACAUUACUGCAAACAAUAGGAAAUAAAAGAAUUGUUAAGUAAAUAUCUCAAAGACAUUCUCUUUAUAAACUUGUAAAUUUGUUAGUCUCCAGUAAGCCUGUCGCAAUAUGCAAUAUUUCCAUUUAUCGCACGACAAAUAAAAAUGAAGGCGGUAAUUUUUCCGCUGCGAUUUAAUGCCUCGCGUGCGCGUGCGCAUGCGGCAGACAUGCUGUUAUAAGUUCGGAUUCCUUGUUACCAACUGCGCAAAAUGCAUCUUCGUUCCAGGUCCGGCAAAAAACAGCGCCGGAGCCAUUCGUUCCCAUUAUAUCCUAUUGUCCAACGUAUACCAGCCGCAUCAGUGCUCCAGAUUGACUACGGACCAUCUCUGGCGUGCCGGUGUUGUUGACGUGUGGGUGCUCGCGUCAGGGGUGACAUUUCACGCGGGGCGGCUAUUUUUCGGCACAACACGGGAUAUUUGAGUGGCAAAUUAAGAGCGCUGUGCUUCAAACUCGUCCUGUUUAUGAAAGUCGACUGUCAUAUGCUGGUGUUGUGCAGUAAUGAGCAGACGUGACUUCUGUGGCGUUUGCUAACUUUUUUAAUGCGCGCACACACUAGAUACCAUGAAAUAGCAAACUAGAUGUGCUACGUCCCAUGCCAUUGGCUACGUGAGCCCAGAGUGAUUAUGGGACACGUAGUUCAUAUACUACAUCGAUGAAUUAAAAACCACUAUGACUGAAUGGAAGUUAAGCAGGCCAAAUCAAUCCAUACUCGUGACUAUAGAUAAUGCUGCAAGUAUUGUUAAUUGAGUACGUGACACGGAUGGAUUCGGACCACAAAUAGGAUGUCUUGCUCAUGUAGUACACCUAGCUGCUAAGAGAGCUUUUUUUAUGAUGGCAAUUUAAUUUUUGCUCGUUUGCAAAAAAAAAAACGAAACAAAAAACAGUUGGUUUUUUUUCCAGAGCCUUAAAUGUAUUGAAUCAGAUCGAAAAUCGUACCGAACCGUGACUUAACUGAAUCUUUGCAUCCCUAUGGAACACCAUUGCAGAAGCUAUGAGGGGAAAAGUUUUCAUUUGCCUAAAUGCUUAAGUUAUUAACAGCAAUUAUAUUUUUUUCUUGAAAACCACAUUUUAUUUAUUCUGUGUUUCUGUGCAGUAUUAAUAUUGUUUUCUUUUACUUACGAGGCAUGGUCUAUUGUUUUUAGUUGUGAUUUCUUCUCGCGUUUAAAUAGGUGUACUUGAUCUAUUAAUAUAUACUGUAUUCUCACUGUGCUAUUGUAAAUUGUUUUUUUUUUUU